UUCCCCCUAUUCUAUGUGUCUCUUCAUGUGAGGCUACAUAUGAUGCGGUGAAGACUGAAGAGCAUAACACUAAACAGUGAGUGAGUGCUCACCAUCAUCUUCAACCUCUGUUUCUCUCUUGCCAUAACUCUCCCCUUCACCAAACCCUAGACCUUACAGAAUGACUAUGGAAGAUGUCUGGAAAGACAUCAAUCUCUCCUACCUCUACGACCACCGCUUCAACCACGAUCCCAAUCUUCAGGGCAUGAGUUUGCAGGACUUCUUGGGCCGACCCUUUGCCAAAGACACUCCGCCCAGGCCUGCGCCGCCGCCGCCGCCGCCGGCGACCACCAGGCUGAAUCUCAACUCCGUCCCGGAGUUCCAUUUCUUUAGGACUGUGCAAAACUCGGCCUUGCAGCCUCCCCGCCCUGUUUCCCCUAAAGCGAGUUUCGAGGGCUUGGCUUCUUCAUCUCCGGCGGGUAGCAAUGCUAGUGGAAGAAAGAGGGCGCAUAACUCCGGUAAUAGCUCCGGCGACCACCGGCAUAAGCGGAUGAUUAAGAACCGGGAGUCGGCUGCUCGUUCACGAGCUAGAAAGCAGGCUUAUACAAAUGAGUUGGAGCUAGAAGUGGCUCAUUUGAUGAAAGAGAAUGCCAAGCUCAUUAGACAAUAUCAGCAGUUGCGGAUAGAGGCAGCGGCUGCUCCCAAAAACCGGAAGCUCUACCGGACCUCAUCUGCUCCACUCUGAAUACUAGGAUUUGGGAAACAACCUCUGAUCUGCUACUACAUGAUCAGAUUAAUCUGGGACAUAAUCUAAGAAAGAAAACUACUUGUAAUUGUUGAUGAUGACUAGUAUGUAGUGUAUGGUUCUUUAAGGAAGAAUUAGAGUAAUGGUCAGAAGAUGAAGAUGAUAUUUUGUAAAAUUUGGGUACGUGCAUAAAUGGAAGGUUGUUUAGUCUUUUUUGGAAAGGGAAUUUCUUUCUUUA